GACAAAUAACAAUUCAAAAAAGUAUGGACGGUCCGCACUUUUUUUUCACGGAAACUGUUUUAUUUUGAUUGUACAUUAAGAAAAAACUAAAAAGAACACAAAACUUGGACAGACAUAAAGUACAUUCAAAUCGUGCAAUAUUACUGAUCAGAUUUGCAAAAAAGUAUAAAUCGUGGCAACGCCGAUCCUAAAGUGACACAUUCCUAACCACACUUUUUGGGCAAUUGUUUAUGUUUGAGAAAGGCCCCACGUAAACACAUAUUGCAUGGCCGUUUUUUCGUUAAUUCCUGAUUUAUCGAUUUGCGAUAAAUAAAACAUUGGAAAUCCAUUAUACUGAAGAUGGACACGUUGUACAACCAAACGAACAAGCUAAUACAACAAACGCAGCAGCGGUUUAAGGCCCUCGAAGGAAACAAUCCCGAUGCUUUGAACAUUGAGGAUGAAAUUAGCGCAAGCAUCAAACAGAUACAAAGCAACUGUGAAAAACUCGACCUGCAAGUGUAUAAGCUCCCAAUUCAUCAGAGACAAAAUGGCAAAAUGCGAAGCGACCAGCUGAAAUACGACAACAGCCAUUUGCAAGCCGCGCUGGAAGCAAUGAAGCAUAGGCGCCUUCGUCGACAAAUUGCUGCACAAGAACGGGAACAGUUGCUGAGCAGACGUUUCGCCCCAAAUCCCGAUGCGACAGCCAUCGACAUGAACUUCUCCAUGAACCACCAAGGAUCGUUGCAGGAUGCAAAUCGAGGAGUGGACGAAAUGCUCUACACCGGGGCCAGCACGCUCGAAUCGCUCAGGGCUCAAAGAUCGGUCCUUAAAGGAGCUCAAAGACGAAUAAUGGACAUGGCCAACACCUUGGGGCUGAGCAACCACACGAUGAGACUCAUAGAGAAACGUGCCUCGGAAGACAAAGUAAUUUUGGUGGCCGGUGUUAUUAUCACUUUGACUGUAAUUCUUUUGGUAAUUGUAUAUCUCACUUGAUUCUUGUUUACGAUACAUUCCUUUUACUAUUUUGAGUAGGCAUUUUUAUGAGGCUGUCGUUUUUUUCUUUUUUUUAAAUAUUGAUGAAUUUUGUGUACGAUAUUAGUAAAUUAUUUGAUAUCCAAGGAAA